AUGAUACUAUCAUCGCAGUUUACCUGCUCGAUCUUAUUAGCUUUGAGCUUUCUUGUCAAUAGAGCUUAUGGGGAAAGGGGAAUUAUCGGUUAUCGAACCGUUCAAGAAUGGGAAGCUAAGCAGAUGAAUGCAUACCAAAAGCCUUUCAGAGAUCGAGUAUUCGAUAAGGAUAACGCGCAACAAAAUCAAUUAGGGCAUGGCUUGUAUUUGAUAAACGAACCUGCUAGCUGGAACGUGCCGGAAUGGUUGACCUCGUGGUAUUGUGUUGUCGAAGCGGACAUGGACAAGUUUGCUGAGACCAGCAAAAUCUGGAUCCCAGGACAGUACACGGGGCUGGACAAGCACGGUAGGAAGAGGUCCAAGCCGACGCAACUAUGGAACUGGAGGGCCGAUAACGAAAACACCAUCCUCGAGUAUAUCAGGGUGAUGGGCCAGCCGAACCCGAAGAAAGCGUUACGCUUCGCACGCGUUCCAGCGGCGCCGGGGAAACUGCAGGUGGUGAUUCCAUCGGACAUGGUCAACAGAAAUACGUUGGAUUUCUCGGCUCAAUGCUGGGAAACCAAAGAAGAGCUAUUUGACUAUUCGAGCGCCACUGUUGAUUGGAUGAAUUGGGAGAUCGCUGGGGAUCCUGACGUGGCGGAUCCUGAACCGAGCGAUUCCUCCGACAAAAAGGAAGAGGCGAGCUGGUAUCAGGGGUGGUUGGAUUGCAUCAGAGGCUCAGGCACAUGCACUUGGUAA